UUGUAUGACAGGGGAUUAAAAUAUAUGUAGUACGAAUUUUAGAGACCAAAUUGCCGUUUUUAUUAGAUAUAAAGUCAACGCUGUUGCUUAUACUACAAAAUAAUUCCUGAAAUAAAACAAAAAGGUUACCAAAGAUGCCUGCAUUUCGUCAAGUUGGUGAAAAGCAGCUUCCUAACUCAAUACUUUUUAUGGUCUGGUCUCCUAAGAGGGAUCUUAUAGCACUUGCGAACAAAGCUGGGGAGCUUUUGUUGCACCGACUGGCAAGUUUCCAGCGUGUUUGGAGCCUAGCCCCAAAUGAAGACACUGGCAAGGAAAUCACUUCACUUGCCUGGAGACCUGAUGGCAAAAUUAUAGCCUUUAGUCUUGCUGACACCAAGCAGGUUAUUCUUUGUGAUGUGGAGAAAGCAGAAAUCUUGCACUUUUUCCCAGUGGAGAGCCUUGUGUCAUGUAUGCACUGGAUGGAAGUUUCAGAAGAGAGCAGUACUCUCACUUCAUUUUGUAAUGCGGAGGAUGAAACAAGUCAUUUCUUGCCCAAGUUACCCGCAUUGCCAAAAAGCUACAGUGCAACAUCGAAAAUAUUUAGUGAAGAAAAAUCAGAUGAGGUUAUGAAGCUUCUGGGUGAUGUACUACUUAAUAUACUUGUCCUGGGUGGAGGCUCUGGAUUCACUGAGCUGUAUGCAUAUGGAAUGUACAAGAUAGCGACAUUGGCUGGGGUUGUAGGAACUUGUCGGAGUUUGUGCUUGUCCAGUGACCUUAAAUCCCUGUCAGUUGUCACAGAAAUAAAAUCCACAGAAAAUGAACCAGAAAUCACCUAUUUUCAGCUUGACACCAGUUUGCUGUCAGAUUGUCUUCCUGAAGUUACUCGAAUGGCAAGGAAAUUCACUCAUAUCUCAACCCUCCUACAGUACCAGAAAUUAUCAUUGACAUGCAUGUGCGAGGCCUGGGAGGAUAUCCUGAUGCAAAUGGACUUGAGGCUUACAAAGUUUGUGCAAGAGAAGAAUACUACCACUUCGGUUCAAGAUGAGUUCAUUCAGUUACUAUUAUGGGGAAAGGCAAGCCCUGAACUGCAAGCAUUAUUGAUGAACCAACUUACAGUAAAGGGUUUAAAAAAACUUGGUCAGUCCAUUGAGUCAUCAUACUCCAGCAUUCAGAAACUGGUGAUAAGUCAUCUGCAGAGUGGUUCAGAGGCUCUGCUGUACUAUUUAAGUGAGCUGAAGGGGAUGGCCUUGUGGAAACAGAAGUAUGAGCCUCUGGGGCUUGAUGCUGCACUAAUAGAAGAUGCAAUCACAGCUGUGGGUUCCUUCAUACUUAAGGCAAAUGAACUUCUACAAGUCAUUGACAGCAGUAUGAAAAAUUUCAAAGCAUUUUUUCGAUGGUUAUAUGUAGCUAUGCUGAGGAUGUCUGAGGAUCAUGUUCUUCCAGAACUCAACAAGAUGACACAAAAGGAUAUUGCCUUUGUUGCAGACUUCCUCACUGAGCAUUUCAAUGAGGCACCAGAACUCUAUGAUCGCAAAGGAAAAUAUUUCAAUGUAGAAAGAGUUGGACAGUACCUGAAAGAUGAAGACGACGAUUUGGUGUCCCCUCCCAACUCUAAAGGAAAUCAGUGGGUGAACUUUCAUCAAAACAGCACACCUCUUAAAGAAAGCCCUUUGCUGUUUCCAUAUUAUCCCCAGAAAUCGCUGUACUAUGUCAAAAGAAUAAUGGAGGGAGUUAUCGAUCUGUGUUUACAGAAACCUGCAGAAGUAAUUGGGACGUCUGUAAAACAGGCAAUAGGUAUGCCUCUUUACACAAUACCAACAAGAGAUGCAUUACCAAGGCUGUUUGAAUUGCCAUCACUGUGGAAUGACAAAAAGUCUGGUAUGCAUUAUAUUGUGUUCACCAUGCCAGAAAUAUCACCCUGCAAACUGUACAUAAUGAGAAAAGCAACAGACCUAUCCAGGUCUGUAAGCAGUGGCCUUGUGGCUAUUGAUCUUGGAAGCCUUCUUAACAGGAGUAUUGAUGGGAGUGCCGAGGCUAGUCGGUAUAGCUGCCUAGAUGCUCGGUUUUUUGAUGAUGAAACCCUGACGGUUGUACUCAAGGAGGCUGUGGAAGAGGAGCACAGAGGACGAAUCCUUGCUCAGCUGCCACUGUCUCCUGUUUAUGCUGGUGAAGAGGAAUUCGUCCUGGACCCUAGCAUGAAGCUUGACCAACAGAGUGGGAAUAUCCCUGUUCAAAGUGUAGUGCUUGAGAAUCAGUGGAGGACAUUGGAGAACAUGAAAGCACAGUAUGUUGCUGUUAAUGGGAUUCGCAAAGUCUCAUGUGUGCUGAGCUCGAACCUGCGCCAUAUCCGGGUGUUCGAGAUGGAUGUGGAAGAUGAAGAGGAGGAGGACAAACAAGAUGUUAGUGGAGACCAAGAGAAGCUGGAGCAGUCACUGGAACAGUCACUGUGCAGUCAAGAGGAGACUGAGGAAGGGGAUCUUACAGAAGGGGAUGGGGCAGGAACUUCAGACUUGCAGGAAGAAAAUGCUUCCACUUCAGAAAUUUAAGUUCUUGGCCACACCCAAGAAUUGAACUAUUUUUGGCUGUCCAUGAAGCAUUUGUAAAACUCUUUACAUAAAAAAAGAUUGUUAAAGGUAGUAGCCGAAAUAAAAUAAUAAUGUGAAAUAGUUUUUACAUUUUUUUUUUUUUUUGUGGUUUUUUUGUUAAUAAAAUGUCUGCAAAUGGUUAGCAUGCUGACACCAGUGAGGUCUUCGUAGUUGGGGAAAAGCAGUUUCAAUCUUCUGUUGAAUUUGAGAGGGACAUUAACAAGAUCCCUUUUAAAUAGCAUAUUUUAUAGUGGCUGAAUGAACAAAAAAAUGAUUUAUUUUCACUGAAACCAAUUAUCCCUGGGUGACCCUCAUCCCGGUCUAGAAUAAAAAUAUCAGAAAGAAGCAAUUCUGUAAUGUGUGAUAGGGGAGGGCUAAUCAAAACUGCUCUGCAACCCCACAUGAGUCCCAAAAGACCAGAAUGAUGAGCUUGUUUGUAAAAACAACUUUAAAUGAAUAAGAUGUGGUUUAGAAUAGCCUUGUAGCCUGCAUGACUGUGCACCUAAACUACUGCAUAAGAAGGAAACAGUGCUGCUUUCACCCAACAUAUUAUAAAACCAUAAUAAUUUGGGUUAUUGACACUGACACAAAGAUUGCACUCAUUUCAUAUAUUAAUUAGCCCAUUGCUGCUUUUAAUACAUUGGAUUGGCAGUGCAACUUUGGCCAUUAGAUGAUCAUACUACCCACCCCCCUUCAGUCCAUGAAAAGAGGGACAAGCUAUGUGCAGGCAAUCCCCAAGGGAAAUUUCAGCUGUGACCAGCACAGGUGUAUGCUCAACAGACCUGGUGGACUGUUGGUUUCAGGAUGGUUCAGGAGCUGGUAAAUCUGGUCCAUAAAAUAGAUCCAUUAAAAAUCCCUUUACUAAAAAGUUCUUAAGUCAACUCUGUUCACAAAGCUUUGUUUUUAGAAACUGCAUGGGAGGAUAAUUGUAACAAUUAGUUUGUUGCCAAAAUAAAUGAGAGGUUUAAAAUCCACGGUAAAUUGUAUUAUAAAA